GUGUACUCCAAACAGGGACGAACUGAAGAGCUGAGCCAAAUAUUUUAUAAUAGCAAUAUGGGCGGUACAUUACUGGUAGUGGCGGCGCUUCUGGGCUGUGUGAUUGCAGAUCCUUUAAUUUACCCUGCGCUAGUACCCUACCCUUAUUCCUCUUCCUAUGCCUACCAAUCAGCUGUCGUGUCAGAUUAUACUUUACCCUUGACACCACCACUUGCUUCAUACACAGCCUUGCCAGCUGUAGCGACACCGUACACUGCCCUGCCAGCAAUAUCGUCACCGUACACUGCGCUGCCCUUAACAUCUGCAUAUGCUGCAGCUCUGCCAGCUGCCUACACUACUUGGCCCUUCUUUCGUCGAUAAAAAUAUUAAAAAGUUUUAAUUGCCAGUCAAUAACAAAUAUGAAAUCAAGUACGGCUGUCAUUUGUUUAUUCUGAAUUAAUAAUAAAGUGUUUAUAUAGA